AUGCCUCGGCCGGGCCGCAACACGUACAGCGACCAGAAGCCCCCCUACUCCUACAUCUCGCUGACCGCCAUGGCCAUCCAGAGCUCUCCGGAGAAGAUGCUGCCGCUCAGCGAGAUCUACAAGUUCAUCAUGGACCGCUUCCCCUACUACCGGGAGAACACGCAGCGCUGGCAGAACAGCCUGCGCCACAACCUCUCCUUCAACGACUGCUUCAUCAAGAUCCCGCGGCGGCCGGACCAGCCGGGGAAGGGCAGCUUCUGGGCUCUGCACCCCAGCUGCGGGGACAUGUUCGAGAACGGCAGCUUCCUGCGGCGCCGCAAGCGCUUCAAGGUGCUCAAGUCUGACCACCUGGCUCCUAGCAAGCCAGCGGACGCCGCGCAGUACCUCCAGCAGCAGGCUAAGCUGCGCCUCAGCGCGCUGGCCGCCUCUGGCACGCAUCUGCCGCAGAUGCCGGCCGCUGCCUACAACCUGGGCGGUGUGGCGCAGCCCUCCGGCUUCAAGCAUCCCUUCGCCAUCGAGAACAUCAUCGCGAGGGAGUACAAGAUGCCUGGGGGACUGGCCUUCUCGGCCAUGCAGCCAGUUCCCGCUGCCUACCCGCUCCCUAACCAGUUGACUACCAUGGGCAGCUCUCUGGGCACAGGCUGGCCACACGUGUACGGUUCCGCGGGUAUGAUCGACUCGGCCACCCCCAUCUCCAUGGCGAGUGGCGACUACAGCGCCUAUGGAGUGCCGCUGAAGCCCCUGUGCCACGCCGCGGGCCAGACGCUGCCCGCCAUCCCGGUGCCCAUCAAGCCCACGCCGGCCGCAGUGCCCGCGCUGCCCGCGCUGCCCGCGCCCAUCCCCACCCUGCUCUCGAACUCGCCGCCUUCGCUCAGCCCCACUUCCUCGCAGACAGCCACCAGCCAAAGCAGCCCUGCUACCCCUAGCGAGACACUCACCAGCCCGGCCUCCGCCUUGCACUCAGUGGCGGUGCACUGA